AUGCCAUUUCUAAAGCAGAGAUGGACAACCCCGAUUUCAACUCCGUUAGCAACCACUAUGAAUGUGAUGAUUUUAUCCGCGUCUCUAUUACUUACUUGGCUAUCUAGCAUAGAAAAAGAAACUCAAGAACACUCGCCAUAUACAUUAAAGCUAAAACAAAAUAUUGAUAAAAUUAUUAAUUUAUUAGAAAAUACAAGUGUGAUUGAAACAUAUCCGGAAGUACGUUUUUUACGACAUGUGGUUGAAAAUUAUGCCGAAAUGCCGGCACUAACAAAAUUAUUUAAAAGUGUAUUAGCGUGCAUGGCUGUAUUAAAUGGUGUGAUGAUUUUCUUUAUAUGGGGAAGACCUAUAGGUGUAUCGUUAAUAACUAUAAGUUUAGGUGGUUUAGCAAUUCCAGCAGCUUUUUCGGAAUCACUUACUGUUCUUCUUUUUGUUGAUUUACUUCGGAUAACUGUUUUUAUUUGUGAUGAUAAUUAUAUCCAAAGUUUAAAAAAAAGCAACGAACCUAAUAUCAGGAAAACAAGUAUAGAGACACAUUAG